AUGGCGAAAUUGCUCGAAAAGAUGGUGGACAUAGAAUGCUUAUUGCUCAGUACAAAGACCAUGCCCCAUUGUACUUCUUCCUCCAUCGCGACCACACCACAUGGAUACUUCAGCUCAGAGGAGAUAAUAGAUUACUCAGGAAAAUUUGGCCUGUACAACAACAAAAGAGUCCAAAAUAUAAAUUACGCUAAUUUGAUGAUUAGGUGCUUCAAAAACAUCAUGAUGGAACGAGAGAAGAGAACGAAAAUUGUAAAUGGGGAUGGUGAAGAGAAGAAAGAAAGUUCAGAAAUGGAAGAGUGCAGGUACAUUGUGUCAAUCAGUCGAAGUAGCAGUGUCGAUGCCGAUGAACUAUUUGAUGAGGAUGAUGACAACAACGAUUAUGAAAAUAUUUUAGCUGUCGACAUAAAAACCAUUUGUCAUCCUAGUGAUGCUACAAAUGAUAAUUAUGGGAAUACUAAUAAAAUUAAUAAUGCUAUUGCUUGCAGCAGUAUUAGCUGUGAUAAUAAAGAUGAUGAUGACAAAAAACCAACAACUAUAAAAACUGCAGAACCAUCAAGAAUGACAACGAUACAACAAAGUAAACAGCAAAGUAAACAACAUUGUGAUUUUGCUACUGUGGAGUUUUUUGAAGAACAGCGUGUAAAUAAAGAAGAGUUUGUAGAAGUCGUUGAUGCAGUUGUUGAACAGGUUUGUACCUGCAGUUUGGUAACAACUCCUCUCAUAUCAGAGUGUCACAUAAUCAAACAUUUUGUAAAAAUGCAUUUUUCACAAGAAAACAUCUGUACCAUGGUAGAUAGUGAUUCUAACACUCGUCUGCAGGGUAAAUCAGCUCCGUUAUCAUCAUCGUUAUCGACACCUUCAUCUUGUGCCGGUCAGUUACGAAAAUCAUCACCACCUACUUUAUCAUCUCCACCAGCUGCAUCAUCAUCUUCACCGUCUAAGUUUUGGAGUUGCAUGUCUUCACGGUCUGAUGAUAAAAAUGAUGAAAGUACUACCGAUGAUGAUUGUGACGAGGAAGAUUGCCUCACGGACACAAAAGUUACUGUAUCUAGGAAACUGGAAAACAGUUUUUUGAAAUCAAAACAUAAUGAAAAAGAUGAUGACGAGGAUGAUGAAGAAGAUGAUGAUGAUGAAGAGGAUGAUGAUGAUGACGAGGAAGAUGAUAAUGAUGAAGAGGAUGAUGAUGACGAUGGACAGAGUUUGGAUUUUGACGACGAUGAUGAUGAGGAGGAAAACACUAAUGCUUCAUUAUCCAAGAUGAUCGGCAGCCAUUCACCAUCUAAUGAUGACGACGAUGAUGACUUCAUAGUUUUUGAAACUGAUGGUGACGCCAUCGUCGGUGAUGAUGAUGAUGGUGGUGAUGAUGAUAAUGAGAAUGGUGGUGUUGAUGAAGAUAGUGAUAAUGAUGGGGGUGAUGACGGUAAUAGAAAUUCUCCAGAAAGAUCAACAACUACUGAUAAUUCAGAAUCCUGUGGUAAUGUUUCGAACGAUCAACCCGCUAAAAAGAAUAAAAAGAAGGUCAGAUUCAGCGACACAGUUGACUGUCAAAUCAUAGAUGAGGGUGACGAGAAGGAAUGCCGCAAGGGGCAUUGGGAGCUGUUCGCUCUCGAUAGGGCUAGGUUCAGGAAGAGAAUCAACGAAGCAGAACCCGUCCUGGCCUGGCUGUUCUACCCCAACCACAGAAUUAAGAUGGCCGAGAUAGUUGAGGAAUUUCGCAGAAGAAUGCAUCAUCUCUAA